CGUUCGCUUCUUGACGCUUAAGCGUCGCCUCUUCGAGAAGCAAAUCCAAGGCGACUUUGACAAAUACACGCUGCGCAUGUCCUGGCCACACACUCGAGGGGGAAUGAUCGAAAUGCGUGCCAUGUGCCUGCUGUAUCGCCGCAAUCUACGAAUACAUGAGUUCAACAAACCAUCUGUGGUGAUCACCUACAGCAAGAAGUUUGGACAACUCUUUACCAUCUACUACACGUCGCAGCAUCACUUUGAAAUUGUCUACACAAACUCUUACUACAAGACAGCAGCUGCAGCUCAGGCAAUUUGCUACAAGUUGAUUUUCAAACAACUCUUAAGAAUGCCUGAUGUCGAGUUGGCUGUGCAGCACAUGCUCUUCCCUAGCACCUACAAGAAGUCAUCUGUAAUACAUUUCGGAGAUAAGCUAGUAUUUCGGAAUGGCCACAGCAUCCCAUUGGAUAAGCCUCAGCAAACAAACUGCAUGCUGAUCAACGAGUUGCAGUGCAACUUCCACAAUGGCCAUUCGAGUGUGUCCUGUAUGAGGAAGUUGCUUCAUGAACACUGCGUGCCGUUCUCCUUUCAGGUGGCCAAGUCGCUGCAUCCCCAAUUCUAUCGCAAUGUGGAACUUGAUGUCUAUCGUAACACGAAUUUGCAUGUGGGCGACAAGUGUGUCGUGUCGAUAACCAAACGCUGCUUCGAUUGUUACAUACAGAGCAUUGACUUGGACACACGCUCUUGCUGCGUCUACGUUGUUCACUGGUGCCAAAUGGUCAAAGUGUCGCUGUCCAAAGUGCGUCGAUCGCCGCUAGACGAGUUUCGGCACAACUCCGAGGAGAAGAUGCUUAUGAGCAACUGCUUGGGCUGUGUGAGCUGGACACAAGUUUUAUUAUUUACCAAGACUGCAGCUCAGUUCAGCUCAGGCAAACGUGAGCAGUCGAUGUUGCCUCUUAAGGUGCAUCAACAGCAACAUCAAGGACAGUUGCAGCAGUCGUCUACUUCCACUUUUAACUUUGCUAUGCAGCACUAG